ACUCAUCCCUGCUACUACUCCCUCCAUCCCCCAACACCAAGAAAAUAAGAAAAUAAGUAACAUACUCUAACAAGAAGAAGAGAGAGAGAGAAAGCUUAUUCACCUGAUCUUAUCUUACUCAAUAGUUUUUUCACUUCAGAGUUUCACACAUUACCUCCACUCGGACGAGCCAUCGUUUUCUGCCUAUGCUACUGUGUGUUUCCAACAAGGAAAAUAUUGGGGACUCAUGCACGUGCUUCUGAUGUAAAACCAUGAUACUGCUCUCUGGUUUUUCGGUAUUUGUUCAUGUCAAGAGUUUUCUCUGUGUAUGUGUGUGUGUGUGUAUUUUUUUUUUUAAUAUUGUCACCCUGGUUGUUCUGUGUUCAACUUGAACAACACCUGUGAUUUGGUCUCAGGCUGCAUGUAGAUCUGGGUUUUGUGAUUUUGUCUCUCGUUUGCGUUGGGGAUGCAUAAAGUUUGUAUCUUUCCUCCGUUUUUUCAUUCUGGCCUUCUGGGAUUUGUCUUUCCACACAGAUUGAAAAAUGGGGUCAUAAAAUCUGCGCCUAUUUUCAUGAGAAGAUUACUAUUGCAGAAAGUGUGGGUCAGGGGCUUUGAAGGAGAGGUUCUUUAGCUUACCCUUCCUAUCAACUCAGAUAUUAUUAAAGUAUGCAGACACCAAAAGCAAGAACUGGUACUUCAGAAGUGCCCCAAAGGAAGUCUCCUGCAUCUCCUCAGAAUGCUCGCAAAUUGAAGACACCAGGCUCUGAUACCGACUCAGUCUCAUCAUCUCCAAAACCAGGAAGUAAGACGCCAAAAAAUAGAAGUCCUAAGGUCACAGAACGCAAGUCACCAAGAAGUCCAAUAUCUGAGAAGAAGCGACCAGGUAGGGUUCAAGAAUUGGAGUCUCAACUUGCUCAACUUGAAGAAGAUCUAAAGAGAACUAAAGACCAACUCAACUCAUCUGAGUCAUGGAAGAGGAAAGCUCAGCAGGAGGCUGAAGAAGCAAAUAAGCAGCUUUUAGCGGUAUCGAAAGAGCUGGAGGAAUCCCAGCAACAGCUUCUGGAACUAUCUGCUUCUGAAGAGGAACGGCUUCAAGAACUCCGUAAGAUUUCUCAGGACCGAGAUCGAGCAUGGCAGUCUGAGCUUGAGGCUGUCCAGAAGCAGCACUCAAUGGAUUCAACUGCUCUAGUGUCUGCCAUGAAUGAAAUACAGAAACUGAAAAUUCAACUUGAAAGAGUGCGCGAAUGUGAAGCUGUUCACAUUAGCAAUGCUGAGUCAGAUAAUGCUGAGAUUGAGGAUUUGAGGAUGGAGCUUGAUGAAGCACUCACUUUAGUGGAAAAGCUGAAAAGUGAGGUAAUUGAUUGCAAAGAAUCUGAAUCCCGGGCUUUGGAAGUAGUUGGCAAAACUCAAAUGCAAUUGGAAGCAGCAAACAAGACUGUGGAAACACUCCAGUUAGAAGGUGAGAAAGCAUCAGAAGCUUACAAAUCCUUAGCUUUAGAGUUGGAGCAAUCAAGAGCUCAAGUAAAAUCAUUGGAGGAACUUGUCAGCAAACUUCAGGCUGAUUUGGUUGGUGGUGGUAACAAAAAUAUGUUAGGUCCCGUCAAUGAAGCAGAACUUGAACUUACACCGAAAAACGUACAAAAUGAGGAGAUAAACCAUCUCAAAGCCGAGCUUGUUUCUGCCAAAUCUGAAGCAGUGCAGUUAAAAUCUGCGCUGGACGUUUCUGAGGUACGAUACCAAGAAGAGUAUAUUCGGAGCACAUUGCAGAUCAGAAGUGCUUUUGAACAACUGGAGCAUGCAAAAUCAGAAUCUUCUCAAAGACAAGGUGAAUUAAAUGAGGAAUUGAAGAGAGCUAGAGCUGAUAUUGAAGAGUUAAGGGAGAAGAUGAUGGACAAGGAAUCUCAGUUGCAGGGUUUAUCAGAUGAGAAUGAGAUGCUCGUGUCAAGGAUCAAGCAAAACCAGCCUAGUGAAAGAGAUUCUGAACCUGUGGUGGCGCUCAAAAAAUUGGAUGCUGACAUGACUGAGUUGAAGAAAAGAUUAUUGGACAGAGAGACGGAGCUGCAAAAUGUGACUGAGGAAAACAAUGCACUAAAGAAGGAAAUAAAGAGGGUGGAGUUAGAGAAGAAUAAAAUCCCCGAUGAGGCUGUUGCUUCUGCUGAAGCAGCAAGGGCCGCAGAGCGCGAGGCUUUGAUGAAACUUGGCUACAUAACUGAAGAAGCCGAUAAAAGUAACCAAAGAGUAGCACAGAUAACUGAACAGCUAGACACUGCGCAGGCUGCAAAUUCCGAGUUAGAGGCUGAAUUAAGGAGGUUGAAAGUGCAGUCGGACCAGUGGAGAAAAGCGGCCGAAGCAGCUGCUGCUAUGAUUUCUUCUGGAAACAAUGGAAAGUUUGUGGAACGAACAGGUUCACUUGACAGUAGCUACAAUUCUGUUACUGCCAAGAUUAGUUCACCUUAUUCAGAAGACACAGAUGAUGAUGACUCUCCCAAAAAGAAAAAUACAAACAUGUUGAAGAAGAUUGGAGUGUUGUGGAAGAAGACUCAUUAAUGUAUAAUAGAUGUUUUGCAGGUAUCCAGUGUUCACUAUUCAAGCAAUCCUUGGGGGACAAUUUGCCUUAAGAAGAUCGUGUAACAAAUAUUUUGAAGUUAAGAAGGUCGUGUAAUAUUUUGAAGUUGCUAUUAAAUUGCUGAGGUUUAGUGGUUCCAGUUACUUGCUGCUUGCUAGGGUUUUUUAAUUGUGCAGUGAGUGUUUAUAGACCAGGCCUUACAUGUAUUUGUUCUUUGUACCAAUUUUCAUGUUAUGUAAGUAGUAAGAACCCAACUCGUGGGGAAAAAUAGUUUCAAUCUUGUGUUAUUUGAGACUAAUGUCAUGUCAGUAUUGUUGGAGGGCAACUUGCUACAAAGUAUUUAUCCAUUUAUGCCCUUUUCCCGUUGGAAUAAUGAGUGUGUUUGGAAUAGCUACAAACAUUAGAUUAUUUCGAUAAUCGAUUAUAAUUAUUGUUAUAAUGAUUAUAAA